AUGGAGAAAUCCAUUGAUGAGACUUGUCUCAUUCACGAGAUGCCCUACGAGAUCAUGCGCGACUUGUGCUCGAUUCUUGACUCGGGCGAGAUUUGGAUUGAAAUCGUGCCAUACAUGCCUGGAAUCGGCAACAAUGAUGUUGAGGGGUGCAAGCGAUAUGGGAAUGCUGAGAAAGCUGGCUACGGAGCUACGUGGCUUUUGUUGAGAGUUUGGGCGAGUAAAGGCUACUCGAUCCUUGAUCUCUACAUCGUUUUCGCUCACGCAAAGAUGGUUAGAUGUAUGGAGAUUAUGAAAGCAUUGAUUAAUCCAAAGCACUACUACUUGCAGCAACUCUGCCUGGGUGGAGGAGUGGCGAGUGCGCCGAGGAUCUCAGCGAAUAACACAUCACAGUCAAGUUCAAAAGGACAACAGAACUGGAGCAUGAUUGGAUCGAGGAAUUCCGGGACGGAGCCUUUAUCAUCGAGUGUUCGUCCGCCACAUGCCACCGCUUCUUCAUCGGCUGAAACAGCUUCUAGUUCAACCACCGACGAUUCUUCAGCUCGAAUCUUCACCGGACUCCAAAACACCCCACAAGUCUCGUACAGUGAGCUAGAGUUAGCUACCGAUAAUUUCUCGCGUAACAAUAUGGUGGGAAAGGGUGGCUAUGGUGUGGUGUAUCGAGGUGAAUGGAAACAGACGAAAGUUGCUGUGAAGAGGCUACACGCUGGGGCGGCUGAUCGGGGGAAUCAGUUUGAGAAAGAACGGCUUCGACAAAGUCUACAAGAGCUACGAACCCUGGCAAAGUAUCGACAUGAUAACAUAUUACCAUUAUAUGCCUUCUCCUUAGACGGUCCAGAGCCCUGUUUGGUUUAUCAAUUCAUGGCCAAUGGCUCGCUGGAGGAUCGGAUUUUGUGUAGGGAAGGAACAGCUCCAUUAAAUUGGCGUCAAAAGCUGGACAUUGCUGAGGGAGCGGCAAGAGGGUUGCACUUUCUGCAUACAAUUGGCCGAACACCGAUCAUUCACGGAGACGUGAAAACAGCGAAUAUCCUUCUCGAUAAGCAUCUCGAGCCAAAGCUUGGCGACUUCGGUUUAAGUCGAGAUGGGCAGGUUGAAGCCGAUGUUGAGGAGAAAUUUCCGCUAAUAGCCUCGCAUAUCAAGGGCACUUUGGCGUAUCUACCCCCAGAAUUUAUCACCUCAAAAAUCCUCUCCACCAAGCUCGACGUCUACAGUUUUGGCGUGGUUCUACUCGAGUUGGCGGCAGGUCUGAGGGCUUAUGUGGACACACGGGAACCCCACGGUUUGGCCGAGUACUGUGCCAUGUUGAGUGAGAAAAACGAUCGAAAACCGAACGCUCUCUUCGUAGCACUCGUUGACAAGAGGACACCCAGCAUAAAUCCAGAAGUGGACAAAGCGUUUUUCUCGCGACUCCUCCGACUCGGUCUACAAUGUAGCCGAAAAGAACGCUCCGAUCGACCGGCUUUCAAAGAAAUUGUCGAAGAACUUGCGAAAAACAUUGAUUCGAAUAAA